CUGGACCUCCCUGCAGCCUACCUGCACAAGACGCGCAAAGUGCAACAACAGGAAUUCCAUGCAGCCGGGCGAAUCCGUAGCAUAACGAUUUGCCAUGAGCCUUCCUGUUGAGUGCCCAGCAAUCGUGGUCUUUCGUGCAUAGGUCAUGCCGCCUUUGUUGUACCACGUUCCAUUGGGUAUAGAGACGUGGGAGGUACAGGCUCGAUCGUUGGACAUAGGAUCUGAGGUUGAAGAUGGAUGAUAUCGGUGACGUGGAAGUCAAGCACGAACGAUCCAAUCCCUAUCCUCCAGGACCACCAUCUUCAGUCCACCGUAUGCCGCCAGCCGAGACCCCUACGUUACACAAUUAUCCUCCACCACACGCUGCAGGUAUGCCUCCCCCGGCGCCGGGGUGGAAUCCGGCCCCUUCGCCUUACAGCGAACCUUCUGACCAUCGACCGCCGCCUCCAGAUCUGGGUCAUCAGCAUUCCUAUCCGCCACCGCCUCACUCAUAUCCUCCUCCUCCACCACCGCCUCCAGGAGGCAGAGAAACGCCUGGUUACCCUCCUGAGUCGGCCUACGCACGCCCAUCCAGUGUCUCAGGCCCUUCGAGAUCUCCUGGCGACAUCCAACAUCCUCCAUACCAACCUGUGAGUACUCCUCACGAAACUUCGUACUAUCCUCAGCCUCCUCCGGACUAUCGACCUCGUCAUGCAUAUUCUGGUCCCGAGGGCCAGCCAAACGGGACGCUUCAUCCGCCUCUUCAUGUGGUGACGGGCCAUGAAAUGAUGUCUGGCCAGCCCCCAGGGCCAUACGGACCGCCCUCAGCAGGGCCACCGCCUUCCGCAGGUGGUUAUUCCGCCGGUCCUUAUUACGCUUCUGACCCAUAUUUGCAAGCUCAACGACGCAAGCCAGUCCGAGCGGCACAAGCGUGCGACUCAUGCCGUCAAAGAAAGGCGAAAUGUGAUGAAGGACGACCGGAAUGUCAACAUUGCAAAGAUAAUGGUCUGAAAUGCUCAUAUAGGGAGGUCCCUCCACAAAAGUCCGAGAAGCAGAUGAUCACCAUUACCGAUAAGCUAGAAGCUUUGACAGCCAGUGUACAAACUCUGAUCGACAGCCAGUCAGCUCUGAUGCACAGCCAGGAAGGUCAAGGUGAACAGAUCAAGAUGCUGCUGAAUUCAACGCAUUUGGCGCACCCUGCCCGAACGGACACUGGGGAUGCGUAUCCGUCGGACGAAGCAGCAGUGCAUGCCGUACGAACCACAAGAACGACGGCGCAUAAACAGGCCGAUACAUAUCCUCUACAAAGGGAGGAUAGUUCUGACGCGCGACUCGCAAGUCGGGUCCCGAAACAGAGGACGAAUUCCUCCAAGGACAAUUCAGAAUCGACCGGCUAUAAUCUGACCCUUCCCCCAGACCAUACCACGGCUGUUCAGAAUUUGUUCAAUUGGCCAUCGAUCAGGGACCUGAUUCCCAAGGGCAUAACGCCCUCCUACGUCAUGGAUGAAGAAACAGGCAGAGGGCUACUGCGCCUCUACGGUUGCGGUGAAGGCGAGGACAAGCAUGAUGGCCACGAAGGCGUUCCAAGCCCUGCCGGCAGCACCUCAUCCGAAGGACGCCGCAUGGACGAGGAUGCCUCUUCAUCACCGCACGGAGUCUGGGGCAGCGGACAAUUCCACGCGCCAGUAACCUCCACUCAAAGUCACACGGCUCGCGAUCACCCUGGAGGCGUUAGCCCCCAUGGUGGACUCAUGCUUGACUCCGAAGCGGUCGACCGUUACUUUCGCAGUUUCAUGGAACACCUCCAUAUCCUACAUCCCUUCCUUGAACCCAAGGUCUUGCGCACGAUGAUUCACACAUUUAAGAGAAAGUACAGCUGGGAUUAUCGUGCUACGCAGCCUGCGGCCACCACGAUUGGGACGAAGCGAAAGCGCGAUACCCUCGAUUCUCCUAAUUCUGUGGACGACCAGAACACCGGCACUCAUGGGAUCCAUCGUGGCCAAGCACGUGGAUAUCCUGCUGCUGUACCGCCGAUCGAGCACUCCGUGGCCAACGCCAUUGUUCUGCUUGUCAUGGCUUUGGGAAAGGUCACUUCCCACAGAGACCCGCUGCCCGGACCAGCGACAACCACAACGAUGCGAACGUCCACUCCCCACAGUGCACUGUAUUCCGAUCUACCAAUGCCCAUGUCCGCGCCACCAUCACCAUUUAACAACCAGGUGAACCUGAAUGGGGCCACCAACACCAUCGCAGUCUCGAGUCCUGCCAAUCCGCAGGGGAAGAAUAUGGAUAACACACCCGGACUAGCUUACUUUGCAAAAGCUGCUGAUAUUCUAGGCGAGCUUCCAGGUGGUACCGACGUAUCGCAUAUUCAAGCCAAUCUCCUUGCGGGCUUGUACAUGGGUCAACUGGCACGCAUUCUUCCCAGUUAUACCUACAUUACCAAUGCAUGCAUGGCCGCACAGAUACUCAUCCAGUCGACGGAGUACAAGGAAAGGACCAUGAAGCCGGCCCGUCGAAACUUGAUCAACUUUGCAUUCUGGUCAUGCUUACAGCUAGAGAGUGACAUUGCCGCCGAGCUCGAGUUGCCUCUCAGCGGCAUCACCCGCUUUGAGAGCGCACAGCACAAAGAGAUGCCUACCAAGGUGACCCUUGAGCAAAUCCCCGAGGAGAACAAGGAUAACGACAUUCUGCGCUUCUAUUCGUACCAGAUCCAGCUCAGGAUAGAGAUGAACAGCAUUCAUUCGACUCUGUAUCGCAGAUCCAAAGACCCGAACGGGCGACCCACUUUGCCUCUGAUGCAAGCGCUGGACGAAAACCUAGAAGACUGGAGGAAGAUGCUGGGCGACUGGGGGUGGGACGAUGACGACCAUGAGAGCCCGAACAUCAAUGUUGCUCGCUUGAGGGGAAAGUACUACGGAGCCAAGUACAUCAUCUGGCGACCAGCUGUGCACUAUGCUCUGCUAGUUGCUUCCGCUCAGAAAGAACGCCCUUCAGAGUCGCCGGCGGGCUACGGAUCGAUCUCCGAGGCCAAAUCACCAUGGUGGUCGAAUGUUUCCCACGAAGAUGACUCCACGGAAGUACUUCCUGGUAUCACUAGGAAAUUCCUCACGGGGGUGAGAAGAUGCAUUAAUGCUGCCAUCCGCAGUACCACCGUUUUCGACAGGGUUCCUCGCCGUCUGAUAACCACCAACAUUUUUGGCACGGCACAUGCACAAUUUGGAAACAUGCUUGUGCUUUACGCAACCUACAAAUCACCUCACCCAGCUCUCAGUUCGUUGGUGGACGAACACACUCUGAAACGGCUACACGACCGGACAGUGAGGAUCCUUAAGGAGAACGAGAACAUCUCACCGGUUCUGGCCAAGGACCUCAAGAUCCUUGAACACGUCCGCCUCAGGGCUUUCGGCCCUCCGACGUCCUAUCCGGCGGUCAGUACCUCUUCGAGUUUUUCGUCAAACCGGUAGAGGCGGCCAAACUGGACACUCAAUCAGCUAUGAUCUUGAACAAAGAACGUCCUACUGCAUAUGGUGGCAUUACUGCAGCGUUUUUCCCGGCAUCUAUCUACAUUGCUUUUUGUCCGAUCACGGAGUUUACGAUAAUUAUUGAAACGGCCGAUUUGGGAGGGUCUUUGUCUCGUUUGUUGUCUUGUUUUGAUCAAUCUGUACUCCAGCCGAAGUUUUCGUUCUCUGCAUCGCCAUGAACAAGACGGAUGCCGUCAACA